UAUUACUAGAGUGGACGGUCAUGUAUACAUUUAAAGUGUGGACAGAGAAGAGCACCUGUUUGAAGCUGUUCGGCUUUUUGUAAACAUUUUUGUUGUUGUUACCUUGCAAUUGUUACUGUGUGUGAUGCAUUCACUUGCACAGGAAAUACAGUCUUUUUCAAAGAACGCGCUGAGGAAGCAAUGCACCAGGGUGACCACUUUAACUGGAAAGAGAAUUAUAGAAACGUGGAAAGAUUCCAAAGUCCAGGUUGUGGAAGAAGCAGCGCAGCCCGAGGGAGUUUGUGGAUAUGUCCAGGAUCUCAGCUUGGACCUGCAAAUUGGAGUUAUAAAGCCCUGGCUACUAAUUGCCUCACAAGAUGUUGCUCAGGAUUUUGCGACUUUGAAAGCAUUUAAGGUUUCACAUAUACUAAAUGUUGCAUAUGGAGUUGAAAACACCUUUCCAGAGCAGUUUGUUUAUGAAGCGUUUUCUAUAUUGGAUCUUCCGGACACUGAUAUAACGUCAUUUUUUCAUAACUGCUUCAAGUUUAUAGAGAAAGCCAAGGCACAGAAUGGAGUUGUGCUUGUUCACUGCAAUGCUGGAGUUUCCCGCUCUGCCGCGAUAGUCAUUGGAUACCUGAUGUCUAUGGAAUACCUGCAUUUUGAUGAUGCUUUUUCAUUAGUGAAGGGUGCCAGACCUGCUAUUUGUCCAAAUCCAGGCUUUAUGGCGCAGUUAAGGAAAUACAAACCAUGCGAUGGACGUCAGUUCAGUGGAAAUGAAGAUCCCUGAAAUAGUGUACAAGGACCCUGGGUUAUAUGGUAUAAUACAUACAACACACUUUACAACAUAAAUCUUUAUUUAUAUGUAUUUUUUAGGCUGCCUCUACUGAUGGUGAUUUUUAUUUUUCCAGCAAUACUCUUUUAAUUAUAUUUUUAAUCUGUGAUCUAGAAUUAUUAAUUAUCUUAAGUAUAGCUUGUAUUAAAUUACCGUUUAACCUAGCUAAUGAACAAUCACAGAAGGUAUACAGAAAAUGUAAUCUUUCUAUUUUAUAAAGUAGUUUUACAAUUGAUAUAUUUCACUCACCAGUCUACAACAGUGCAUGCUUUUUGAUUACCACUAUUCUGUAUUAUGUCAAGCUAUUUAAAAUAUUUAAUUUCAGUGACGAUUGUCAUUUUACAUUGAGCGUAUAAUAUUCACCUGUACACGAUUUUUGUAGAUCCAUUAUCUAGGUAUGGAUUAUACUUACCUAAUUACCUGGCAUUAUUUAUGAUUCUCUUUGCUUAAAACUCCCAUGGCCCAAUUUUCAAGCAAGCGCAAUGACAUGGACAAACUAAGUUGUUUUUUACAAGUAUAAUAUAAUAGUUUUAUUCCUUUCUGAAAAUGUGCCUUUGUCUUGUCAUUUUUCUCAGUAAUACAAUUACUCAACAAUACUUGUUUCCCAGUGCAGUGCUUGGUAUUCUCAUAAACAAGAAGCUGUGUGCUGAAAAUGUGACAUUGCUUCUGUUGUAAUGUACGUUACCGCAAUUAAAUAUUACCACAAAAUGGAAGAUAUUUUUAAAGCACUUUACUCCAGAUUUUAAUUAACUGAAAAACUAGAACCAAACAUCCACCGGCAUGGCAUUUUAAUCCUUCUAAAGAUUUCUGCUUCUGUUUUGUAAAUAUUAUAAAAUAUUGGAUACAGUCAGCACUCGGUUAUCUGUUACCCAGAUACACGUCAGUCGU